UCCCUAUCAUAGAAAAUGGGCAGUGUGUUCUCAUCAUCGUCUCAGCCAGGUCAAAACUCUAAAAACUAUCAAAGCCAAGAGAGUAUAAUAAACUCUAAUAUGAAUUCCUUUGAUGCGAUAUUUAAAUAACAAGAAUCUGAAAUCAGAUGGGUCUCCGAUCAGGACAAAGCAAGAGAUAGCCAAGACUUAUGACGAAUCGUACCUGCCUUACCCUAUUAACAACUUCUAUAAUCUUGAUUACUGCUGGAAGGUGACUAAGAUGAUGCUAAUGCACUCUUUCUUCAUGGCUUUGCCAUGCUCGUUGUUCUACACUAUCGCUACAGAUAAGGAAAUCGAUUUUAUUUCAAAGAAUAUCCAUCUCUGGCCUUUCAGAAGGAUUCUGAAGAAUUACUUUGGAGCACUCGCCAUUAUUAAUUUGUUCAUCCAUUCACAUUCCUUGUUGACUGUAAAUUACUGUGACAGGCAUUCGCCUAUCUACAAUCCGAGUCAGAGGAGCUCUCAGGUGAUCGCCAACCUUAUUCAUGAAGAGAAUUCAAAUGAAAGGAAACGAAGGGGCAUGUCUCAGAAAAAGUAG